CUUCUUCUUCCCUCUCAUCCGCCCGUUCUCUCUUCUUCUGUGGUUUCACAGACUCAGGUGAGAGAUGGGCUGUGGAAAUUCCUCCCCGGCCCCCAGCAGCAGCAUCAGCAGCAACGCUGGAGGACGAGUCGAGUCUUCAUCUAAGAUAUCAGAGGAGUCUGUGGCCGAGGAUGAAAAACGGAAGAACUAUGGAGGUGUGUACGUGGGUUUCCCUGCAGACCUGGGCAACAUUCCUAAAGCACAAAUAGGAUCCCUCAGAGAGCAGGAGAGAGACCUGUUGUCCCUCAGGAGGCCGCUGUGGGGGGACGGAUUCUAAUUUUAAUGAAGAGCCAGUUGAGUGAAUGGUGAUGAGGUGAAUGGGACCAACAGAAGAAUCGUCCUGCUGGGGGACAGACGCUCGUCUCCGGUGUGGACACAGCAGCACGCGGCGGAGGACGUGGCAGCGCUCCUUGUGGAGGACACGGAUGCAUCACGUGGGAUCACACCUAAAAACACACGGAGGGAAAUUCACCCAAUAAAACCCGUAAAAAAGACCAAAAGCAACAACUUGCGGGUCUCUCCGAAGCCGCAGAGAUGUUCGUCCUCGGAGCUUCAUCCCCAGAAAUAUCAAAAACACAUUAAUGAGCCGCCGACUGCGCUGAGCAGGACUCCACAGUGAGGGAUGCACGGUUGCCAUUGGCAACCAAUUAUUGGCCUUGUUUUGGUGACGACUUUUUAACCCCUUUCACACUCAAAUAAAAACAUCUGCGAUGUCCAAAGAAGAUUAAAAGUAUGUGUGAAGU